AUGGAGAUUCGGAAGUGGGUUUUUGUUGGGGUUAUUUGGUAUGCUGGUUUUGUAUUGAGUAUUGGUGCUGUGGAGCUGGGCAGGAGUCAACACACCGAGAGGAUUUCAGGUAGUGCUGGUGACGUUUUGGAAGAUGAUCCUGUCGGAAGAUUGAAAGUUUUUGUCUAUGAACUUCCAAGCAAAUACAAUAAGAAGAUUCUGCAAAAAGACCCAAGAUGCCUCACCCACAUGUUCGCAGCUGAGAUAUUUAUGCAUCGGUUUCUAUUAUCUAGCCCUGUUCGAACCCUCAAUCCUGCAGAAGCUGAUUGGUUUUAUACCCCUGUAUAUACAACUUGCGAUUUGACACCAAAUGGCCUUCCUUUGCCUUUCAAAUCACCACGAAUGAUGAGAAGUGCUAUACAGCUUAUUUCUUCAAACUGGCCUUAUUGGAAUCGGACAGAAGGUGCUGACCACUUUUUUGUUGUGCCACACGACUUUGGAGCAUGCUUCCAUUAUCAAGAAGAGAAGGCUAUCGAAAGAGGAAUUCUUCCCUUGCUCCAACGUGCCACAUUAGUGCAAACUUUUGGACAAAGAAAUCAUGUUUGCUUAAAAGAUGGCUCCAUUACAGUUCCUCCAUAUGCUCCUCCACAGAAAAUGCAAACCCACCUGAUUCCUGAGAAAACUCCUAGGUCAAUUUUCGUUUACUUUAGAGGAUUGUUUUAUGAUGUAGGAAAUGACCCAGAAGGUGGCUACUAUGCAAGAGGUGCACGAGCAGCGGUCUGGGAGAACUUCAAGGACAAUCCACUUUUUGACAUUUCCACAGAGCACCCAGCAACGUAUUACGAAGACAUGCAACGAGCUGUUUUCUGUUUGUGUCCCCUUGGUUGGGCCCCAUGGAGUCCAAGAUUGGUCGAAGCAGUGAUUUUUGGUUGUAUCCCUGUUAUUAUAGCAGAUGACAUCGUUUUACCCUUUGCUGAUGCAAUCCCAUGGGAAGAAAUUGGGGUAUUUGUAGACGAGAAAGAUGUUCCAAAUUUGGACACCAUACUCACUUCGAUUCCUCCUGAAGUAAUAUUGAGGAAGCAGAGACUGCUUGCAAACCCUUCCAUGAAGCAGGCGAUGCUAUUCCCACAACCUGCUCAAGCAGGAGAUGCUUUCCAUCAAGUCUUGAAUGGACUUGCACGAAAGUUGCCUCAUGAUAGAAGUGUUUACCUGAAGUCAGGUGAGAAGCUCUUAAACUGGACUGCAGGUCCAGUUGGUGACCUGAAACCUUGGUAG